AAAUCAUUGGUACAACAUAGCCUUUCAAAUACAGCAGUCGUCCACUUGCUGUGUCAGCAAUAUGUCUGAAAGAAAAAGACAUGCUCCGUAACCUAGAUUUCAAAGGUCACAGUGCUACUGCUCCAGGAUUCUGAAAUUUACAGUUUAAGCCAGCAUCAUGGCUGGCUUGAAGACUUGGUCUGUUUUGCUGCUUAUACUGUACUGUUUCUGCCAGAGAGGUAUCCCAAGUGGAAUCUCGACACAUGUUGAAAUAGCACACAGAGCUCUGGAAUUUUUCAUACAUGAAGGGAGUGUUAAUUAUAGACAGUUGUUAUUAAAUCACCAAGAUGCAUUUCAGGCUGGGAGCAUUUACCCUGAUGCCUUUUAUCCUCCAAUCUGCAAAAAUGGAGCAUUCCAUGAUGUGUCUGAGGACACUCACUGGUCACCAUUUCUCAGUGCAAGUAUUCAGUACAUCAGAAGGAAAUACCCUCAGCCUUGGGAAGAGGCUACAGAGAAGCUGGUGGCUUUCCUGUUCGGAAUUGCCUCACAUAUGGUGGCAGAUGUGAGCUGGCAUAGCCUGGGCAUCGACCAAGGGUUUCUAAAGGCCAUGGGAGAAAUUGAUUUUCGUGGUUCAUACUCAGAAGCUCACAAUGCUGGUGAUUUUGGAGGAGAUGUACUGAGUCAGUUUGAGCUGGACUUCAGUUAUCUGGCAUCAAAUUGGUAUGUUCCUGUCAAAGACCUAGCAGCAAUCUACAAGGAAUUUUAUAAAAGAGAGAUCAUCAGUGAAAGCACAAUUACUGACUGUGCUUACUUGCUGUUUCUUGAACUGCAUGGAGAAAGGCUUGCUGUUGCCAAGCUUUUUCCAACAUACGCUCGUAAGUCUCCAUUUCUGGUGGAGAAGUUCCAUGAGUAUUUCCUGGGAGGAGUGGAUGACAUGGCCUUCUGGACAAACAAUAUUUUUGAGCUGACAAGCCAUAUGCUAGAGGAAGGAACCAGUGGCUGCUAUCUACCUGAGAAUCCUCUGUUUAUAAACUGCACAAGAGAGCACAAGGAGAGUUACGUAAACAGACAAUCAAAACUUGAGCCUCAAAAGAAUGCAACUUCUUUGCUUACAAAACCACUUGAAAAGAACCUGACUUACACAGAGAGAGGAGUUCGCUUCAAUAUACAGUCUUGGGCAACAAAUUCACUCCGCUUUAUAAACCAGGCUUUUGCAGCCAAAGUCUGGGGAGCAUUAGCAGCUACACAUCAAGAAUCUUCUAAGCACAUCUCCAAGCCUGUAGCUUCAUAUUUUCUGACUUCACCCUAUGCUAGACUUGGAUGGGCAAUGAUCUCAGCUGACUUAAACCAAGAUGGGUAUGAAGAUCUGGUGGUUGGAGCACCAGGGUACAGCACGUUGCGUCACAUUCAGAUAGGACGAGUGUAUGUGGUCUAUGGCAACCAAUCAGGUUUGCCACCAGGGGAUAUGGAUCUUGAUGGGAAAGCUGACCAAGUACUACAGGGUCAUCAGCCUUCAGGAAGAUUUGGUUCUGCCUUGGCAGUCCUGGACUUCAAUGAGGAUGGAGUGCCAGAUCUGGCAAUUGGAGCACCUUCUGUGGGAUCUCAGUUUCUUACUUACAAAGGUGCUGUGUAUGUCUAUUUUGGCACUGCAGGAAGAGGCUUGGCAUCUCAACCCAACAUUACCAUAACUUGUCAGUACACCUACUGUAAUCUUGGCUGGUCCCUCCUGGCAGCUGAUGUUGAUGGGGAUGGAAAUGCUGAUCUGGUUGUGGGCUCUCCAUAUGCACCUGGUGGUGGGCAGCAGAGAGGGCUUGUGGUUGCAUUUUACUCCUAUUUCAACAGGAGUGACCAAGGACUUCUGUCAGUACAGGAUGCCAACUGGAUAGUGAAGGGAGAAGAAAACUAUGCUUGGUUUGGAUUUUCACUUGCCAGCUGCCAGCUGGAGAACAUAACUUUACUGCUUAUUGGUAGCCCUACCUUGAAGAGUUGUGCUGGUUCAAGCUGCAAGCCCUCCUCAUCAGAUGUCAGUGUUGGGAAGGUGUAUGGGUAUAACCCACCAAGCACAGAGCACUGGUUUGCAGUAGCUGGCAACAAGGCGAUGGGCAGAAUGGGCUUGUCUCUGGCUAGUGGUGUCAUGUCUGUGGCUGGGAUCACAAAGACAGUUUUAGUGGUGGGUGCACCUACUACAGACAGCAUGUCUAGGAUUUCAUUUAUAUCCUCAGUGCUGCAUCAAGGUGGUCUGGCCCUAGUAUAUGAUCUGACAGACAGCACCAAGCCAUCUUUGCUCAGCACAUUCAGUGGGGACAGGAGGUUUUCUCGCUUUGGAGGAAAAGUAUACUUAAGUGACCUGGAUAAUGAUGGAUUAGUAUCCUAUUGUGCCUUGUGGGGAGGCAUUUCUAAAAGCCCAAGCAACUCAGUGUUGGAUGAAAUGAUCGUGACAUCCCCGCUGCGAACUACAGAUAUCUCAGUCCUGUUUGGGGGGGCAGCUGGCCGUGUUUACAUUUACAAUGGAAACCAGACAUCCUCAGGGGAUGUGACAGGCCACUGCAAAUCAUGGGCAUCUCCCUGUCCUGAGGACUGGGCACAGUAUGUCCUGAUUUCUCCUGAGGAACUAUCAAGAUUUGGGAGUUCUGUUAUCUCUGUGAAAUCUGAAAGAAAGAAAGAAAUUGUAGUGGCAGCAGAGAGAAGUUCGGCGAAAGCUCGACUUGGUGGAAGGCUUUUUAUCUACUCACUCUAACGUUCAUGGUAGCCUUUAAUACCAGAGCACAGCUGGUCUUUCAGUGAAGAAUCUGUAGAAUUUGUGAUACUUUCCUUAACCCAUGCAAACCAGCAGACAGCAGAAUUUUGAUAGGUGUUCUAGAUGGACAGAUAGGGUCCCUAUAAUGAAGGGAUAGUCAUUUUUUUAAAGCAAAGGAGAAUGUAAACAUUCAUGGUGGCUUUGACUUACAAACCAACCAAAGCUUUGUCAGUCAGGUACAAGCACAAAUCGAUUCUGUUGUGAGCAGUAGCACCACUUAACCUAGAAAAAGCAAGCUGGUCUCAAAACCUUUUAGAGGCUGAAAUGAGCAGGCUAAAUUUUAGUAGCGAUAUUUGGCUGUAUAAGGUAUGUUCAGUGGUCAGCUUCUUUACUGGUCAGAUUUUAGCAUUUUGACAAAACCAUAGAAGAAUACAGAUAGGGACUGUUACCAAAAGUUGGUGUCAAAAUAAUAAGCAUGGAGGAGGAGCUCCUCUAAGCCAGACAGAAAGGUGAGUGCCAAUCAAAAGGAUUGCUGCUGUCUGUAACAAGUCCCGAAGCCUGCAUUCAGGGUGCAGAACAGCUGGGAUCUCCCAGGGAGAAAAGCACAAGCAAGACUGAUUACAUCUUAAAAAAU